AUGAAUUCCAAUCUAACACCAAUGUGGAGUUUGGUAGUUGUGUUUCUUUUCAACUCAUUUACGCUUCUUUAUUCAUACCCUUCUCUUUAUUACCUCUCUAUUACUCAAUCCAAACACCAUGGUAGUCAUGACUACAGCAAUCAAAGGAGUCCUCCAAUUGUAUCAAAGUUUUUAUACCCACCACCUCCACAUUUUGUGGCCCCUAGAUUUCCACCACCACCUCCACCACCAUCAUCGUUCUACUUCUACUCUCCCCCACCACCAUCAUCGUUCUACUUCUAUUCUCCACCACCACCAUCAUCGUUCUACUUCUACUCUCCUCCACCACCAUCAUCGUUCUACUUCUAUUCUCCACCACCACCUAGUCCUAGGCCUCCUUGCUCUCCAAAACACUCACAGCCUUUGCAUGCACCACCUCCACCAAGGCAUCGGCUUUCAUGA